GUUGUCCGACUAGCCGUUCUAUAAAAGCUUCAGUGGCCCAUUAUUGGGGCGACAGUAAGCGAUUGACGGACCACGAAAUGGCCAUCCCGACCAGCUCCAAACCCAUUAAGGCCAUAGGCAGAUUUAGUCUGGUCAUGGCCUUUGUUUGCCUAUUGCCGCAGAUGAGUCACCAGGCGGCAUUCAUGGAAACGGACUAUGAUAGUGACUACUAUACGGCAGGCGUUGUAGAAUUUCGGCCAAGUGUAUUGAGCCAGAAGGAUAAUGUUGACAGUUACGUGGAGAUCAUUGGCUCAGCGGAUGCCAGCGAAGCCGAAAUCAUUGUCUUCCCGGAGGCCACUUUAAAUGGCCAGAGUACGGCAACAUUUGUCCCACACCCGGAGGAACUAAUUGUCCCCUGUCUAACGGAUCCAAAUGCCACAUACUAUGAGGAGUUUUUCGUUACUCUCUCGUGCGCUGCCCGCAAUGCCAGCAAAUAUGUUGUGGUGAAUCUCAGUGAGAAACAGCUGUGCACCGAUACCCCCGAAGAUCCGCGACCCUGCUCCUCGACUGGUGUCAAUCAGUUCAAUACGAAUGUGGUCUUCGAUCGGGAGGGUGUUGUCAUCUCACGGUAUCGUAAGAUCCAUUUAUAUGGCGAACCUCGAAACUCUACCUAUUUGCCCGAGUUGUCAACGUUUACCACCGAUUUCGGUGUGACUUUCGGGCAUUUCAUAUGCUUCGACAUACUCUUCUUUGAUCCGGCCCAGCAGUUGAUAUUGGAGCAGGGUAUCACAGAUUUCGUAUUCCCUACUAUGUGGUUCUCGCAGCUGCCGUAUCUGACAGCUGUCCAAUACCAACAGGGCUGGGCUUAUGCACAAAAUGUUAAUCUAUUGGCCGCCGGAGCUAGUAACCCCUUAAUCGGUAGUUCUGGUUCGGGUAUCUAUCAUGGACGUGAAGGUACCAUUACCAGUGUAAUGAAUACCGGCAUUGGUGAACGUCACAUCUAUGUGGCCAAAGUGCCGAAAUUUAAGGAAACCCGCAAGACACGUAAAUCACUGCGCUCGCGUCGCUCUGUUGACCCCGAGGCUCCAAGGGUUCUCUCGUCGGAAUUUCGGAUGAAGCAGGACUAUAUACAAAAUUAUAAGAGUGAAAUGCUACCGAUCGAUGAGAACCAGCGAGACAGCGGCAAUUUGACACAAGAUAUUUGCUAUGAUGACACCUUCUGCUGUCACUUCGAGGUGGCAUGGCAACCAUUGGACGACCAAAGUAAUUCAUCCUAUUACUACUAUCGUCUGGGUGCCUACAAUGGUUGGAGGAAUGAGCAAAAUGUUGAUGCCAAUUAUAUACGUAACUGCGCCAUCUUCUCGUGCACGGGUCCCGAUAUCGAAGACUGUGCCAAACUGAUCACUGAUAAUGCCCAGCCCCAAGUAACCUUCACACGUUUGGCCAUCGAUGUGACCUAUCCCGAAUCAAAAGAGUAUCUCUUUCUGCCCAAUACAGUACUGGACAACCUUUUGCCACUAGAGCCAGCCCAAUUCGAAUGGUCGCAAUCAUCUACUAGCAAUAGAUAUCAACAUCAAGUGCACUUUGCCUUAGCCGAAAAUGUUGAGGUUAGCAAUCUCUUGACCUUUGCCGUCUAUGGUAACUAUUAUAAUGAGGUCUGCACCUAUAAAGUUGGCACUCCCGAAGAUAAUCUCCAAUGUGGCUAUGCGGAUGAAGACAAUGAGGGCGGCACAGCAGCCCAUAUGCAAAGCUUUGGAGCCUGGCUGAUUAUGCCCUUGGCUGUGAUCCUGGGCUCGAUUCGAUUUAAGAGUCUGUGAAAGAUUUUUGUUCUGUUAAUCUAGAUCAUAAUCAGAUUUCUCUCUAUAAAAUAAACAAGCCCCCAACUUAGCCGGGAGUUCGUUAAUAAA